GCAAUCGUCGUCCUCCUUCCCACUCUGCACCAGAUCACCGUCGCUCCAGACUGUGAGCCCGCCCCGCCCCUCCUCGCCAGCACGCGGGAUCCUCGUCGUGUCGUGCCGCCCAGCGCCAGACCACGUUCACCACACGUGCUCGGGGGCAUCGAAAAUCGUUCCGGAAACAGAGCCCCCCUCCAGGAUCCAAUCCCAGCCUGUUACACCUCCACCUGCCGCCCUUCUUCCCUCUCCUCAUCACGCCUACAGACCUCCCGGGCCCCCCAAGUUCUGCUGGCAGACUUUGACUUUGCAACCACCCAAUUGCUCGCUGUCCGCCGUGCUAGCUAGAGCUGCUGGCGUACCAACAUCCCACCUGCGCGCACUAGUCGCCCAUCUGUCUUCCGGCCGCCGAUCAACACCUUCUCCGCCGCUCCAGGAGAGGCAUUGUGUGCGCAGCGCGCCCACAGAAGUCCUGUCCCCUCACCUCCUUCCGGACCCUAGCUGAUCUCAUCAUUGUGCCCACACCGCGCCUGCCCGGCCGAGCCUGAGCAACACCAUCGACAUCGGCCUUUCUCCGCGACCUUCGGACUGCCAGCCCCCGAUUCUCCCACCUUUACGGCGUCUUCUCGCUGCACCCUCCAGCUUCUGUCCCGGUCGGCGUCAAAAGACGUCAGCUGCAGCACCUCCCAUCCCUACCGUCGCCAUCCUUCGCGGCCUUCGUGCGGCCAUUCGACUUCGCCAAGCACCUGCCAUUGGACCACGGGCGAGCCCGUACCCGCCAGACACAGUAGCACUGCGGCCGGCGCGUGUGCAAUUGGUUGCCGCCACGCUAUCGCAUGAGGGCAACGUGCCACGAGGCACGCAGCACAACGUCAACAGGAGUCGCCUGACGAGCGCGCGACGGAAGUACAGCCUUUAUAUCUCAUCUUCGGGCACAGCUCGCACACGGGCGAUAGAACGCCAACAGCCGCCAUCAUGUCGCACGGCAAAAUGACGCUGUACAAGCUGGUGGUGCUUGGAGACGGAGGAGUGGGAAAGACCGCCUUGACGAUUCAGUUAUGUUUGAACCACUUCGUAGAGACAUACGACCCCACCAUCGAAGAUUCGUACCGCAAACAAGUGGGCAUCGAUGGACAAUCCUGCAUGCUAGAAGUGCUGGACACAGCAGGCCAAGAAGAAUAUACAGCAUUGCGAGAUCAGUGGAUAAGAGAUGGAGAAGGCUUCAUCCUGGUCUACAGCAUAUCUUCGCGCUCCUCCUUCACGAGGAUACAGAAAUUCCACCACCAGAUCCAACGAGUCAAGGAAUCGACAUCUGCAGGCUCGCCGACCUACCCUGGGUCGCCGCUUUCUCAAACCAUGAGCUCAUACGGGCCCGCUCCUAUCAUGCUGGUGGGCAACAAGUGUGAUCGGGUGACCGAGCGGGAAGUGUCGACACAAGAAGGCCAAGCACUUGCUAAGCAGCUGGGCUGCGAGUUUGUCGAAGCAUCCGCAAAGAACUGCGUCAAUGUGGAAAAGGCAUUCUACGACGUGGUCCGUCAACUACGAAGACAGAGAGCAGCAGCACCAGCGCGAAACAGCAAAGCCUCCCAGCACUCAGAUCCAGGACUACGAGCAGCCCGGACGAACGGGAGCGAAUACUACGCAGAUCGAGGCGACAAGAAGCGAUACCGAAGAGAGCGUGCCAAAGAUCGAGGGGGCAGCAAAUGUGUCAUAUUGUGAUCGACUGAGAUGUUGGAUUCUACGCGAGAAAUUGCUUGCCCGCCACGCUGCAUUUGACGACGCGGCCAAGUCGAGGUUUUCUGUUGAGGAUCUGCCAUCCAGUCGCUACCAUUGCGGCGAACCGACGGUAUUCGAAGCGAGUUGCAAAAUUCUGCACGCAACCCGAGACCUCGGCCAUGGUGUGGCGGCGGCUUUAUGAUCCUACACGUGUGAGGCCACGAUGUCGGGCAGCAGCGCACAACACCAUUCAUGUGUCGGCGAAUGGGAUUUCCAGCAUCCAGCACAUUACAAGUGAUUGGCAGCGCAAUCGUCUCCCUCUGUGUACUCCACCACCGUCGGUUACACACCGCAAAGGAUGCGCGAAAGUCUGGAUGCCGCGAAUGUCGCACUUGGCAAGGAGCAUACCCCGUGCGAUGUGCCAGGGGUCCGGCAUCCUUGGUUAUCGGCUGAGUGGGCCACGUUCGCGGUCAUGGAACCGACUCCGAGACCGCGCACCCACACGAGGCAAAUGAGCAAGCGGCAGUUCUGCAGGAUGAACCGGGAUCUACAAACAUUGCACCAAUUCUUAUUCCCGGGUGGGGUUAUGUUCUGAUGUGAUCUAUGGUCGGAAUGUAGAAAGCGUGGGCAAGAGAUAGAAUUUAGGGUGGCGGCUUAUCUUGAGCAAUCCAGACGAGGCCAAGGAAGAAAGGCAGAAACGGAAAGACAAAAAUCUAGGAACGUGUGUGGUGUUGCUUUUUCUUGGGAGAACAACAUAUUUUUGGUAGGAACAGACAGUGAGAUAGGAUACCCAUGUACGCGCCACAAAACCCCAGAGGAAGGAACAAAAAAGGAAAUUACUCAAAACACG